AUGUAUGCAAUUGGACUAUACGCCACAAUAGUUUUUGGAAUAUUCUUGUUUCCAUUCCUUAUACCCAUCAGAUCAAAGAGUGCUACUCAUCGACGGUUGAAAAGGAUUCUAACAAUUGCUCUCAUUGUAUCUACACUAGCAGCAAUAGCACCAGAUACUGCUAGCAUAGGAGCACCCUUCCAUAAAUACGGAAAGGCAAAGAUUGCCUUUUUCGGAUGCAACUAUCAGAUCCAACUAACCACAGCUCGAUUUUGUGAGCAGAAUCGGACAUUCGAAUGGUGCUACUGUAACAACUUCAAUGCCUUUGCCACUAUCGCUCAUUGCUAUCAGGAAGGGCACCAAGACCAAGUGGACUCGUUGUUGGACACGUGCCACGAGUACAAUAGAACAAUUAGACGUGAUGCUUUAGUUCAUGCGGAGAAUUACUAUAAAGCCCACGCUAAAUCCAUUCAGGACAUUCCUGACUUUCAACCAAAUACAGUGGUAGACUUUCCAAUAAAGUUGAACGCAACUGAGACAUUCAUUUUCAAGGAGGCUUAUAAUAAUUUUUUGGGAAAUUUCGACUUGUCAGUUGAUUAUGGCGCUUAUUUGGUCCUUUAUUGGGUAAUUGUCUUUACGUUAGUUUCCAUUGGUAACUGGUCAAAAAUAUACUUUCACAAGAUGAACAGAAACUUGACUGAUCCAUUUUCUAACUGGUUUAGAAAAUUGGUAACCUUACCUGCAACCGGACGAACAAGAAAGACAAAUGAGAAAAGACUUGGAUAUGGUUUAGACUUUUUAGUUCCAACAAGAGCAGAAACAUUGAUAUUGAGCACUUUUUUUGGAUUAUCAGUGUAUUUGUUAACCAAAAACAUCAACUACACUGAAGGAGAUCCACUUUUUUCCAGCAAAACGGAUGAGACUUUGAAGAUUUUGGUUCCAAGACCACAGGAUUGGGAAGCUAUCCCUGGCGGACAUGCUUUUAUCCAUUUUUUGCGUCCUAGCUGCUUUUGGCAAUCACACCCAUUCACAUAUACAGUAACCGAUGAUGAGAUAGUGUUGUUUAUCAAGGUGAAAAAGGGAGUGACUCGGUCCAUGGCUAGCUAUUUGCAAACACACAAAGACAAGUACACAAAGAUCCGAGUUGCUAUUGAGGGGUCUUAUGGGGAGAGUACUCCUGCAAAUAAAUACGACACGGCUGUAUUUGUAGCUGGUGGAAAUGGUAUACCAGGGAUUUACGCCGAGGCAGUUGAGUUGCAAAGCCUUCCAAAGCGAAAGAUAAAGCUUAUUUGGGUCGUGAGGGAGUAUUCUACGUUAUUUUGGUUCUAUGAUGAGUUGUUACAAUUACGAAGCAAGGACAUAGAAACUACUAUCUUUGUCACGAAACCAAACGUUUCCAUCAACACUGAAGAUUUCCGCAAUCGCUUUAACUUACUUGAAGCAGAUGCAUUGAUGCAGACUAAUGAAUUGACUUCGUUGCUCAAGCUUCCAAAACAGAGCUUGCGGGUGAUUGAUGCCACGGGCCAGUCGGAGACAUUCGAUGAAGAGACGAGCUUCGAUCAGAGGGUCAAGCAAGAGUUGUCACACAUAAAUUUUGUGGAAUCAAGACCAAACAUUGAUAAAUUGGUUCUUACAAGUGUCGAGGAGUCCAUGGGAUCUGUCUGCUUCAUUACGUGUGGACAUCCCGCCAUGGUUGAUGAUUUGAGGGCUUCGGUAGUGCGCCAUAUCGAUAACGUUGAUCGUAAACGAAUCGACUAUUUUGAGCAGUUGCAAGUUUGGGCAUAA